AUGCUAAUAAUCGUUUUUAUCUCAUUGAUUUUAGUGAAUUCGAGUGUGAUUCGUAGAUCAGAAACGAAGGUGGAUGAAUAAGGAAGAAAGUAUCAUUACAGUGAGAAAUACGAGGAGGAAUUUUCAUAUGAAAUUUAGAAGAGAUGUUCUGAUGAUGAUUCAGAAGGUUAAUUAGAAUUUGAAAAUGAUUUCAAAUAUGAUGAGGAUGUGGAGGGUUAGGGAGAUGAGAAAAAUGCAGAUGGAAAUGAGGAACUACAACAAUAGAGAGAUGAGAAACAACCUGACAAUGAGGAUGAAUAUUAUAAGGAAGAUGAGAAGGAGCAAUUAAAAAAGGAGAAACUGAAACAUAAAAGAUAAGAUAAGGAAGUUGAUGAAUAUGUGCUGUUACUUUAAAAUGAGAGUUUGAAAUUGCAUUUGACUGCUAAUUGA